CAGGUUCCACUGUGGUAAAGUAUGUAAGAGCAUGAUGGAGGUCCACCGAAAAUAGGUGCUAUAUGAUUGAAUUUUGAAAUUGGUAUGUUUGAUCACCGUUCUCUUGCAUAUUACAGCGGGAUCAGAAAGCGUCACGCACCCGUAAACCUGCAAGGCCGACUCCAAUGUAGACGUUCAGGAAAACACAAUUAUCAUGUUUCAUCAGCCAUCUGCUUACUGUGUGUGUGUGUCUCGUUUAGAUAAUUAGGACAAGUCCUCAGGUCUCAGACUGAGAUUUUGCACAACUCCAUCCAGGAAUAUGGAGAAGAAGUGAAUAGAGCAGCGGGAGAGGCAGUGCCAGAAGUUCUACUCGAGAGAUUAGUGGAGCGAUUAGUGGAGAGAUUACAGGGAGUGUGAUUUGUAUUGGGCCACAGUUAUUGAUUACGUUGAUGUUUUGCAGCAGUGAGUUAUUUCAGGUCAUUGUCACAGCCUGAUUGGACCUGGUUUUGAUAUUGUUCUAGUCAUAAUACUGCUGACCAGUGUAGUUUUCUAAACAGGUUAUUAAGGUGUGGUAGCGGAUUGGAGUUAAUUGACUCUCCAGUGAUCUGCUUCAAUAGUGAAUCAUUGUGUGAUGUCCUUAUACCUGUUGAUGUGUGUGUGUGUGGUUCAUGCUGUGCAGUGUCAGUGUGUCUCACCCUGUGCUGUCCAUUACAGCAGAAAUCCUCUACAUCUAAUCAAACUGGACAGCCUGCUGUGAGGUUUCAUUCAUCAGCGCAAGACUAGACAGUGUGUGAGGGCACCGAUAACAAGCUCAGCACCCUGUCAGAUCUGGACCAGCACUACCACACGCUGCACAAGUUCUACGAGAACUGCGAGGUGGUGAUGGGAAACCUGGAGAUCACCAGCAUCGAAUGGAACCACAACCUGAACUUUCUCAAGUCGAUCCGCGAGGUGACGGGUUACGUCCUGGUGGCUCUGAACCAGUUUGACUAUCUGCCUCUGGAGAACCUGCGCAUCAUCCGCGGCGCCAAACUGUACGAAGGCCGUUACGCUCUGGCCAUCUUCCUCAACUACAGGAGAGACGAAUACUUUGGUUUGCGCCAACUCGGCCUCAACAACCUCACCGAGAUCCUGAACGGUGGUGUGUAUGUGGAUCAGAACAAGUUCCUGUGCCAUGCAGACACCAUCCACUGGCGGGACAUCAUGAGGAACCCUCACGCCGAGCUGCUGGUGGUGCCGUCCAACAAUAGCGGCAAUUCGUGUAGACGAUGCCAUCGAACCUGUAACGGACGCUGUUGGGGCCACCAAGAGAAUCAGUGCCAAAUCUUAACGAAGACGGUGUGUGCUGAUCAGUGCGACGGUCGCUGUUUCGGUCCGUUCGUCAGUGACUGCUGUCCCCGCGAGUGCGCUGGAGGCUGUUCAGGACCCAAACACACCGACUGCUUUGCUUGUACGAACUUCAAUGACAGCGGAGUUUGUGUGACUCAGUGUCCUCAACCUUUCAUCUACAACCCGACGACCUUCCAACUGGAGCACAAUCCCAAAGUCAGAUACACGUACGGAGCGUUCUGUGUCGAGAAAUGCCCACACAACUUUGUGGUGGAUCACAGCUCCUGUGUUCGAGCCUGUCCGAGUAACAAGAUGGAGGUGGAGGAGAACCACGUCAGGAUGUGUGUCCCCUGUACUGACAUCUGCCCUAAAGUGUGUGAUGGAAUAGGGACAGGCAGUCUACACACGGCUCAGACCGUUGACUCCAGCAACAUCGACAAGUUCAUCAACUGCACUAAAAUCAAUGGCAACCUGAUUUUCCUCAUCACUGGAAUUAAAGGAGACAUGUACCACGGGAGCAGAGCUUUGGACCCUGAGAGACUCAGCGUGUUCCUCACAGUUAAAGAGAUCACAGGGUUCUUGAACAUCCAGUCCUGGCCGGAGAACAUGACGGACUUCAGCGUGUUCUCCAACCUCAGCGUCAUUGGAGGAAGGACGCUUUAUAGCGGCGUCUCGCUGAUGAUCCUGAAGCAGCACUGGAUCACGUCCCUGAGCUUCCAGUCUCUGCAGGAGAUCAGCGCCGGGAACGUGUACAUCAGCAACAACAGCCAGCUGUGUUUCUACCACACACUGAACUGGACGAGGUUUUUCCGCUCCGGCAGUCAGCGAGCGCUGCUGAACAGCAACAAGGAGACGCAGCAGUGCAUUACAGAGCAGCGUGUGUGUGAUGAGCUGUGUUCAGAAGCAGGAUGUUGGGGUCCCGGUCCGGACCAGUGUGUGUCCUGUAGGUACUACAGUCGCGGGAGGACGUGCGUGAAGUCUUGCAACCUCUACCACGGAGAAUUUCGGGAGUUCAUCAACGGAUCGGUGUGUUUGGCGUGCGACAGCCAGUGUGAGAAAUCUGGAGAUAAAACACUGACCUGUCACGGACCAGGUGCAGAUCAGUGUAUGAAGUGUGUUCACGUGAAAGACGGGCCCAGCUGUGUGGAGAAAUGUCCUGAUGGGCUGCAGGGUGGCGACAGCUUCAUCUUCAAAUACGCCCACAGUAACAACGAAUGCAGACCCUGCCACACCCACUGCACCCAAGGAUGCACUGGACCUCGGAUUCAAGACUGCAUUGGAAUGAUGGAUAGGACUCCUCUGAUUGCAGCCGGAGUGAUUGGGGUGAUGUUUGUGCUCGUGAUCGUGGCGCUCGGUUUUUCUGUUUCUAUCAGACGCAAGAGCAUUAAGAAGAAGAGAGUGUUACGCCGCUUUCUGGAAUCUGAGCUCCUGGAGCCUCUUAAAACCAGUGGAACUGCAGUGAAUCAGGCUCAGCUGCGCUUACUCAAGGAAACUGAACUCAAGAGGGUGAAAAUCCUGGGAUCUGGCACCUUCAGUACUGUUUACAAGGGCAUCUGGAUACCAGAAGGUGAGAGCGUGAAAAUCCCAGUGGCCGUAAAAGUCCUCAAUGAAACUACAGGACUGAAAUCCAGUGCCAAUUUUCUGGAUGAGGCUGUGAUGAUGUCCAGCAUGGAUCAUCCGCACCUGCUGCGUCUGCUCGGGGUGUGUGUGAGCCCCAACGUGCAGCUGGUGACCCAGUUCAUGCCCCUCGGCUGCCUGCUGGACUACAUUCACGAGCACAAGGACGAUGUCGGCUCUCAGCUUCUGCUCAACUGGUGUGUGCAGAUCGCCAAGGGUAUGGUGUACUUGGAGGAGAGAAGACUAGUCCAUAGAAACUUGUCCGCUCGUAAUAUUGUGGUGAAGUCCCCAAACCACAUCAAGAUCGCCGACUUUGGACUUGCGCAACUACUGGAGGCCGAUGUGAAGGAGUACAACGAAGAUGAAGACAAGAUGCUCAUCAAGUGGAUGGCGCUGGAGUGUAUUCACUACAGAAAGUUCACGCACCAGAGCGAUGUUUGGAGUUAUGGAGUGACCGUCUGGGAGCUGAUGACGUUCGGAGGAAAGCCGUACGAUAGCAUCCCUAAUCGCGAGAUCCCGGAUAUUCUGGAGAAAGGAGAACGUCUGGCUCAACCUCCUGUAUGCACCAUAGAUGUCUACAUGGUCAUGGUCAAAUGUUGGAUGAUCGAUGCUGACAGUCGGCCCCGGUUUAAAGAGCUCGCUACAGAGUUCUGCAGGAUGGCAAGAGACCCUCAGAGAUACCUAGUCAUUCAAGGUGAUGACUGCACAAAGCUGCUCAGUCCCAACCACAGCAAAUUCUUCCACAGUCUUUUGGAUGAGGAUGAAUUUGGAGACGUGAUGGAUGCUGAGGAGUACUUGGUUCCUCAAAACCCUGAUGCUCCGGUUUCCUCCCAUCCAUCCAGCCCUCAUCUGGAUUCCAGUCAGGGACUGAGUGAUGCGACAGUAGGAACACAGACUUGUGAGGCAGCCACAUCGUCUGGUGAACUGUUUUUCCCAGUGAGGCCAGGGAAGGAGGAGCAGCCCUGUCAUGGAAAGCUGAAGAAGAAGCUCAGCACCGCCUUUGUGGAGGACAGCAGCUGUCGACGCUACAGUGCAGAUUCUGCUGCAUUCCUGAAAGAAAGAACACAGAGGAGAAGUGCUGAUGAGGACCGUUGUGUGGCUGCCAGGAAUGACAAGAGUUCCUCAGACCCUAUUGAGGAGAAUCCUUUCAUCACACAUCAAAAAAACAGAGAGAUUCAUGCACUGGAUAACCCUGGUUACCAUGGAAACCAUGAUGGACAGCUCAAGAUUGAGAAUGAGAACAUUAACGCUCCUCUAGACCACAACGCAGAUGAGAUGAUCCAGGAGACACUGAAGAAAAGCAGGGUUUCGCUUCCUCUACUGUCCAGGGCAACAAGCAGGACUACAAACAGCCACAUCAACCUCAGCACUCAAACAGAGAGACCCCAUGUUCAUUUUACACUUCCAGCAGUUCAGCCUCCUCAAAGUGGACCGAUGAGUCAAAAUGGUCACCAUCUCCUUUCAGGUCACGGUCUAUGUAUUGAUCGUCCCAGUAAGUGUGUCCUUCCUUCAGUAACAGGACAAAUAUGUCACAUCAGCCACCAAAUCCAGCCUGGUUCUCCUGGUCCUGCUCGCAUCUCACACCAACAUGACGGUGUUAAAAGUAACACCACUGCUCUACCGGGCCAUGCGUUCCAUCAAAGCAGCACAACACAAACGGGUCAUGCAGGAACAAGCAAAAAGUCCUUUCGCACAAACAAUCCAGAGAAGCAGCAUCACAGCCUUUCAUCCAGCAUUCCACAGCAUCCUCCAGAUCCCUUGCUGGUCUGCAGGAACACUUUCAUCUACAAGCAGAACGCCCGUGAGAACCCGUCAGAGUCCAGCACGAAGCCGGGAAUAUUUCUGCCUCCUCCACCAUACAGGCAUAGAAACACUGUAGUGUAACAUCUACAAUCAUUCAUGUUCCUCAGAGACUGCUUCUUGUACCAGCACAUAAAAAAAAAACUCAACAUGAUGUUGAUCUCAAAAAAACUCAACAUGAUGUUGAUUCCUCAACAUCAUCCCAUAAGAAGAUCCCACAUACCGUACAUGUAUAUGUAUAAAUAUCCAAACGACUGAGAGAACAAACUCUACAUUUCAGACUUUUGUACCUCUCCUUCAUCCUGUGUGUGGGUAACAUUAAAACUUUGUAAAUUCCAGAACGAUAUUGGACACUUUUAUAGUAUAUUUUUUAGAAAAACCGAAGGCACCACAUUGUUUACACAUCACUCUUAUAUAAAUAUAAGGUAAUAAAAGUAUGUGGAAAUGUGUGUGUGUGUAUAUAUAUAUAUAUAUAUAUAUAUAUAUAU